UUCCUGUGCCCGCCCCCCAGCGCCCGCCGGGCCGCCGUCGCCGCCUGUCGCUGGCUGGGCCGGCCGCCGGCUCCGAAGCGCCAGCCGAGGGCGGAGGGGAGGGGCAGGCGGCUCCCGGGAGGGAGGCAGGCACCCGGCCGCGGGCCAAGCCGACCCGGGGUCACAAUUUGGGCUUGCCACGAAAAUGCUUUCAGAACAGACAGCAGCCUUGGGGACAGGAUGGGAGUCAAUGAAUGUACAGCUGGAUGGAGCAGAGCCCCAGGUGGAAAGGGGAAACCGGGAAGAGGGGCCAUGGAGAACAGCACCAGGGCCACUGGAGCACCUGUGUUGUGACCUUGAAGAGGAGCCACAAUCCCUUCAGGAGAAGGCUCAGUCUGCUCCCUGGGUUCCUGCAAUUCCCCAGGAGGGGAGCACCGGAGACUGGGAGAUGGCAGCUGCACUUCUUGCAGCCGGAUCACAGGGUCUGGUAACCAUCAAGGAUGUGUCACUGUGCUUCUCUCAGGAGGAGUGGCGGAGCCUGGAUCCCUCUCAGACAGACUUCUAUGGAGAAUAUGUCAUGCAGGAAAACUGUGGGAUAGUAGUCUCUCUGAGAUUUCCAAUUCCCAAACUGGACAUGCUUUCUCAACUAGAAGGAGGAGAAGAACAAUGGGUCCCUGACCCCCAGGACUUAGAAGAGAGGGAUAUUCUGAGGGUCACAUAUACAGGAGAUGGAAGUGAACAUGAGGGGGAUACCCCUGAACUAGAAGCAGAACCUCCCAGGAUGUUAUCCAGUGUGUCUGAAGAUACUGUCCUCUGGAACCCAGAGCAGGAUGAGAACUGGGAGUCCAUGCCCAGAAGCUCCAGAGGAGUGCCUCUGGGCCCACCUUUUCUUCAGGAAGAGAGCUUCUCAAACAUUCUGUGCAACACAGAGAUGGAUUCCCUGUUAAGACCCCAUACAUGCCCCCAGUGUGGGAAACAGUUUGUGUGGGGCUCCCACCUUGCCAGGCAUCAGCAAACACACACUGGCGAGAGGCCCUAUAGCUGCCUCAAGUGUGAGAAAAGCUUUGGGCGAAGACAUCACCUAAUCAGGCACCAGAAAACCCACCUACAUGACAAGCCCAGCAGGUGCUCUGAAUGUGGCAAGAAUUUUCGAUGCAACUCCCAUCUGGCCAGCCACCAGAGAGUGCAUGCAGAAGGCAAAUCCUGCAAGGGCCAAGAGGUUGGAGAGAGUCCUGGGGCUCGGAAACGGCAGCGUGCCCCACCAGUGCCAAAGUGCCAUGUGUGCACAGAAUGUGGGAAGAGCUUUGGCCGAAGGCACCACCUAGUGAGACACUGGCUGACCCACACCGGGGAGAAGCCCUUCCAGUGCCCUCGCUGUGAGAAGAGCUUUGGCCGAAAACACCACCUGGACAGGCACCUACUGACCCAUCAGGGACAAAGUCACCGGAGCAGCUGGGACAGAGGGACAUCUGUCUUUUGAAAUCUGUUUCCACUGCAGCUAUGGUCAAGUCUAUCAGCCGGUGCUACCAGUAGUCACUGCCAGGGCUGCCCCUCUCCACCCCAAUGGCCCAGAACCAUGAGCCCAACACUAUCUCUAGAGAGAGGACGUUCCAGCAUUGGCCAGAGCAUUUCUCACCAGUUCUGUGAGAUGACACAUAAAACCGAGUUCUUAGGGCAAAAUUUUGGGAAGCAAUGCAUACUAUAUGGGCUGUUGUUCAGCUUGAGCCCAUUCUCAAAGGUACAAGGGAACCAGCAGUUAUGGCUGAGGUCCAUUUUCAUUGAUUGGAAUCUAUGCCAUAUCAGUUAAAUAUUUUGAGUAUCACUCUUGUAUACCAAUAAUAUUUUCUCUCUCUACAUAUGUAUGUAUACAUAUAUACUACAUAGAGAGGGAAAGUCCAUUUUAGUAUAGUAAAGGGUCUGAAAACUUCUGCAGUAAGCGGUUUAGCUUCUGUUAAUGCAGUGUUUCCUAAAUUUGUUUGACCUUAAUAUCCUUUUUAUUUUCCAUUCUACAGAACUGAUGACUCCAUGAAACAUACUCUGGUGAACACUGGGUUAGAAAAUAAUGAGGAAAUAGGAAAGAGAUGGUGGUCAGGCAGCCAGAGCCCCCAUUUUUAUCCACAUGAAAGCCAGGGGGUCAGAUGUUCCUGUGUGGGUCUGUCACCUUUCCCCCAUUAUCAUAUAUACAUCUAACCCCAUCUGCUGAAAAAUAUUUUUCACCUCCUUUUUCCUACUACCUUCUCUAGCACAUACAUAUGUCCAGCUAAGAGAUCACACUUCAGUGCUAAAAGAUGGACCUUAUACCCUCAAGUAAUCCAGGCCCACACAGAAGAAAAACUUUUUCCCUUGAACAGACCCUUCUCUUCUUGACUGUGUCUUUAUGUGUCUGUGUAUAUGUGUGCAGGGUCUUUGAAGAGAGCAUGCUCAGUGCAAACUGUACAAGCUAGAUUUUCUAGGGAUUGUGUUCUGGGAAUAAGGGUAGUGGGAUUGUGUAGGGCUUUUUGUUUGUUUUGUUUCAAGAUAAGAAGUAAUUUGAGUGAUAAAGGGAGCCCAAGUGGAAACUGUUCAAUGAUGGGUUCAGUUGUGUACAAAGUUUUCCCCAGAAUCUUUGAUGAAGAUAAUUGUGAAUUUACAUGUCUAGGUCUGAAUCUCUGAGCUAAAAAUUGUUUUCUACAUGGGAGAGAGAAAGAGAAGUUCAGUGAGGUGAGCUAUUUUUUGUUGAGUUCAGGCAAGGUACAUAUAACAUGUUUGUGCUAAGUGGGUUUUUUGAUCUUGUCUUGUUUUAAGUGCUGGAAAAUUAGGACAGGAAUUACAGUGUUUGGAAAUUGUUACCAUACUCUUGUUUGACUUUGAUUGCCUUAUUAAGGGGGCAGAAUUAUUCUUGAGGAUCUCAUUUCCCCAGAACCAGAAUUUUAGGGGAGAAGGCUGUGGCUUAACUUCUCAGCUGAUGCUGGGCAAUGAGCUUUAUGAUUUGUCCCCAGUGCUGGGAAGGUGCUCACACUAGACUCUUAACUGUAACGAGCUCACACUAGGGCUCGUAUACAUGUUCCAGCAUCUGUUAGUUGGUAAGUUGGUCAUUGCUUCUCUACAUUGAUAACUGUGUUAAUACCAGUCUAUAAUUUAAAAAUUGUCUUGUAUGUAAGAGCAGUUUAGGGUUGAGGGAAGAGAAGCAAAGAAGAUGAAAUGAAAUACUUUCUCAUUAAUGCUUAGAUUCUGGCUUUUCCCUAAAACACUUACCUUUCAAACACAAUUGGUGGGAUUAGCCAGGCAAGAGGAAGAGAGUUACAAAAGUGUAGUGACUUUCCAUCUGCUUAGGAAAAACUGGGUGAAUCACAGCUCCUCAGAGUCCUGGCCUCAAGAAGAAUUGAAAGUAGGGUCAUUUUGCUGACUGGCUUCUUAGAAUAUAUGUGACUCCUUCCUUCUACCAAGAGCAGCCUUCCUUUGCCUGGAACGCACUUCUCCUGUUUAUGUUCCUGAUGAAGUAAGAAAAAUGGCCAAUCCUUUGCAAGCAGACCUUACCCUAGAUUCUUAUAGACAGGAGUAUUUUCAGAUUAGUAUUAGGAGAUAUCCAAGGGAACAGGGAAUAUCGGGUUCCAGUGUUAAAACUGGACUAUGCCAUUUAUUUGACUCCCACUUUAAGUAUUUAAUACAAAUCAGCUCUAUAUAAAACUGUCUAUAAGGAAUAUGUUUUGGAUCACAGACUUAUCUGAGAAUCUGAUAGAAAACAAAAACCCACUUUUGGGAAAAAUAGACAAUUAAAAUGCAAGCAGUUUUGUAUAAAUGUAUAACAGGUUCAGAGUCUAUUCAUGGAAUCACUGAAAUACAGUCAAAGAGAUUUACCCUGACUCAAUAGGUUAUUGUGUCUGUGACAAGAAUUACAAGGCAAGGGUCACUCAGUAUUUUAAGGACUAAGAUGCCUGCGGUAUCAGGUAUGAGGAGAGACUUUGGUCUUUAAUGACUAGAAAGACAUUGCUUACAUGUUUUUAAGGAGGAUCUGGCAUGUUGAUAAAUCCAGCUCCUCACAAACUUUGUUUAAGGGCAUGUGGGGGUGAUGUUCCUUCCUAUCCAGUCAUACCUCUUAUUAACUACAUGUUACCCUCCAGCCUUUUAUUUAUUUUAGUAACUGUAGGGAUAGUAAGUGUAGGUGCAAUUAUAGCACCCAGCUGAAAAGCAUCCUGGAGUCUAAGGGCUUUCAGAAGGGGGCUGUCCUUUUGGGUCAUUUCUGGUGUACUAUUGUCUUCUCUACCUCGGUCCAGCACCACCUCUUUUGGACAAAUAAUAAAACAUGCAACAGCCAUCAGACCAGUGAAUAGAUUUCAGUGAUUUUUCCCACAGGGAAUUAGCCUCAAACUUUCAUUCAUCCAACUGCCUUCUGCCUCAUGGCCACCCGAUCCCUUUUAGAUAAAAAUCGUUUCUGUGUCCUCUUUGGGCAAACUGUAAAACAGAGAAGUCUCUUCAGAAAUGUAUCGUGUUUUUCCAUUUGUGCAAAAUGUGAAAGAGAAGUCUCUUCAGAACCUAUCAUGUUUUUCCAUUUGUGUUGUCUCUACCCUUUUCUGGGUAUCCUCCCUUUUUACUCCAAUAUGUAAGGGAUUUCUUGCAUAGAAUAGAAGAAUCUAACCUAAAGUGUUAGUUCUUUCCAGGGCCAUUUAUAUUUUAAGCUUUACCUUUAAUUGUGGGAGGAAAUGCUUAUAGAAGAAAUAUUGUGGGCCAAGUGCAGUGGCUCAUGCCUGUAAUUCCAGCUACUCAGGAGGUAGAGAUUGGGAAGAUUGCAGUUCAAGGUCAGCCCUAGCAGAAAGAGAGACCCUAUAUCAAUAAGCCAGGCAUGGUGGUACACACCUGUGAUCCCAGCUCUGUAGAUAGGAGGAUUGCAGUCCAGCAA